AUGCCCUUUUUUAAUAAAUGUUUUCAAAAUGUCUUUGCAAAGGAUUCCGAACCCGCCAAACCCAAGGUUCGGUUUUUACUUCCAGGGGAGUCAUCAGGCUCACCAAUCUUAGAACCCAGCUCAGUCUAUAGGGACUCCAGGUAUCUAAGAAAAGCUGGAACUGAAACUUAUGGCGAGAUUUUUCAGAAUAAGCUGGAUUACACAGAGCCAUCAACCGGAAUACCAUUAAUUAGAAGGCGCGCUUUAGAAGCUGAGAAUGCAAAGCAACCACCAAAGAACAGCCCUCCGCAUUUCUCUCCACCAAAGUCGAUCUUUGUACGCAUUGCGGAGGAUCCACGUGUUUUUCCCGAUGAUUUUAUGGAUAUGCUGGAUGGCACAGAAGUAUCAGUUGCGUCAGAAUCAGUUGUUUUGCAAAAUGCAGAGUCAAGUUUGAUCUAUGAUAAACUUAGAGGUCCAGUAAAUAUUGGAAUUGAUUUUUCCUCCGAGAGUCGCCAGACAAGGAGGGAGGAUAUAAUUACGGAAUCUGACACAGUAACAAUCCUGAGGAGUGCUUCCCAAGUAGAGGAGGCAUCCAAUAACAGCUUCACCUCGCCCUAUGACAGUCCAAGCCAACUUCAAUUUCAUGUUGCUAAUGAAACCACAGAUGGAAACGCGGAUGUACCAUGUACAUCUGCCUUAUCAGAAUUUGAGUCUAGCUCGGUGUAUGAUGAUGAAAUCAUUCCGAGAGAGGCUCCAUAUCAUGUUGCUAUUAAAACCACAGAUGGAAACGCGGAUGUACCAUGUACAUCUGCCUUAUCAGAAUUUGAGUCUAGCUCGGUGUAUGAUGAUGAAAUCAUUCCGAGAGAGGCUCCAUAUCAUGUUGCUAUUAAAACCACAGAUGGAAACGCGGAUGUACCAUGUACAUCUGCCUUAUCAGAAUUUGAGUCUAGCUCGGUGUAUGAUGAUGAAAUCAUUCCGAGAGAGGCUCCAUAUCAUGUUGCUAUUAAAACCACAGAUGGAAACGCGGAUGUACCAUGUACAUCUGCCUUAUCAGAAUUUGAGUCUAGCUCGGUGUAUGAUGAUGAAAUCAUUCCGAGAGAGGCUCCAUAUCAUGUUGCUAUUAAAACCACAGAUGGAAACGCGGAUGUACCAUGUACAUCUGCCUUAUCAGAAUUUGAGUCUAGCUCGGUGUAUGAUGAUGAAAUCAUUCCGAGAGAGGCUCCAUAUCAUGUUGCUAUUAAAACCACAGAUGGAAACGCGGAUGUACCAUGUACAUCUGCCUUAUCAGAAUUUGAGUCUAGCUCGGUGUAUGAUGAUGAAAUCAUUCCGAGAGAGGCUCCAUAUCAUGUUGCUAUUAAAACCACAGAUGGAAACGCGGAUGUACCAUGUACAUCUGCCUUAUCAGAAUUUGAGUCUAGCUCGGUGUAUGAUGAUGAAAUCAUUCCGAGAGAGGCUCCAUAUCAUGUUGCUAUUGAAACCACAGAUGGAAACACGGAUGUACCGUAUACAUCUUUUAUACCAGAAUUAGAGUCUAGCUCGCCCUAUGACGUUCCAAGCGCAUUUCCAUUUCAUGUUGCUAUUGAAACCAUAGAUGGAAACGCGGAUAUACCGUAUACAUCUGUCUUACUGGUAUCAGCCCCCUUGUCAGAUGCUGUGAGCUCAGUUGAAAGAACCAAUUGGAAUAACCAAAACUCAGAGGACUGCGAUUUUGUUUCUGUGGAUAUUAGGAUUCCAGAGGAAAACGAUUCCUGUAUGAAUCAAUUAAAGGAACCUAAAAAGAGUAGGAUACCACUGUUCAAAUUGUUUGCACGGCUCAAGAAGAGCAGAAAGACUCUGUUUAAACCGUUUUCAUGGUUCAAGAAGAGCAAAACGACUCUGUUCAAACCGUUUGCAUGGCUAAAGAAACGGGCAGAAAAGAAGGAGUUAAUAGAAAAAGUUGUUUUGGCUGAAACUGCUGACUCACACAUUUAUUCUGAACUUGGCAGAUCCUGCGACAAAAUGGCGCCUUUGUCGUAUGAUCUUGUACGGGGGACGAAAAAUGUGGAGGAUGCAUAUGCACUAGGGGUAUCAACAAGGCACAGCGGGAUCAUAUAA